UGAUAUGUGUGAUGGCAGCGUGUGAAAUGCGGGGCCGAGCAGCGUUGUGAUUUUGCGAUAACAGUGCCCCCAUUUUGCAGCUGAUUAUAUAUUAGAGUUGCUAUGACUAUGAGUAUUUAUUUCGCAAUUCGAAUCUGAUUGAAGAUCUACUGUGUUCAUAUACGCAUCAUUCCUCCGAUCUCAAAUUGUCUCGAUUUUUUUUCAGCUUUUGGAGAAGUUUGUUGCAAUUACAGCCACUUUAGAAGAUACACUGAAAGUAAGGUCUUUUGUUCUUUACUGACUCCACAAUAAUGUCGCAAGAAGGGGGUGAAAGUGGUGGACUGCUGGAAAAUCAUGCAGAAGAUGUUAUAGAUCAGGAGAAUGAGCAGCCCAACCUGAAUAAUGUGAUUGACCGGGAUCUAGCCAAGGAGAAUGGAUUCCCUGGUGAAAUCAUUGAUCCUAAUUACAGCCACGACAAACUUGUGCAGAUGGUGGUAGAACUCAAUUUCCAGAAAGUAUAUUUGAAGUCUCAGUAUGAGGGCUUGAAGAAUUACUUUCUGGAUUCUAAACUUUCUGACCAACAAAAAGUACAGGAACAUGACAAUUCAGGGUCUAUGGAUGAUGUCAAGGAGCUUCGUGGAGAAAUAGAAUCUCUAAAGAGAGAAAUUCUCGAAGAAAGGCAAACACGAGGUGCUGCAGAGGAGGCUCUGAAGCAUCUAAGAGCUGCACACUCAGAAGCAGAUAUGAAUGCACAAGUGCUUUCUGCUAAACUUGCUGAAGCUCAACAGAAGAUGGAUCAAGAAAUAAAAGAGCGGGACGAGAAGUACUCUGAGCUUGAUUCCAAGUUUAACAGGCUUCAUAAAAGAGCCAAACAGCGUAUUCAGGAGGUGCAAAAAGAAAAAGAUGACCUUGAGGCGCAGCUCCGUGAAGUAAAUGAGAAAGCUGAUCUCACAUCUUCCCAGUUGUCAGCAUUACAGCAAGAGUUGGAGCGCACAAGGCAACAUGCGAAUGAAGCACUGAAAGCAAUGGAUGGGGAGAGGCAACAACUACGAAGUGCAAACAACAAACUUCGAGACAGCAUUGAAGAAUUACGCCAUUCUCUGGUCCCCAAAGAGAAUGCUUUGGAGGCAAUGCAACAGUCUCUUCUGGAGAAAGAACAGAUGUUGGAAGAUAUGCGAGGGUUACUGCAGGUAGCUGAUGAAAAGAGGCAAGCUUCAAUUGCAGAGCUCUCUCUAAAGCAUCAGAAGCAAGUAGAGGAUAUGAAAGCCCAAAUUGCUGAUGUUUUAGCUGAGAGAAGCCGAGCAACUGAAACAAUAUCUUCUCUGCGGUCUUUAAUUGCGGAAAAAGACACCAAGAUUGCGGAGAUGGAUGCAGCUUCCAGUGGGGAAGCGGCACGACUUAGAGCGGCAAUGGAGACAUUGAAAGGAGAGCUCAGUCAUCUGAAAAAUGAACAUGAGAAAGAAAAAGAAGGAUUGGAAGCUGCACUGCAGUCCAUGAGAUCAAAGCUGGAGAUUUCUGAGAGUAAUAGGAUACGUUCCGAAGUUGAAGCAGCAAAAUUAAGAAGUCAAUUGGAGUCGGAACUUUCUGUGCAAACUCAGCUGUUGAACAGUAAAGAUGCAGAGCUAGGGGAAGCCAAAGACAAGAUAAGUCGUAUUGAAAGUGAAUUUGCUUCUUACAAAGUUCGAGCUCAUGCACUGCUACAGAAAAAGGAUGCAGAAUUAGCUGCUGCUAGAGACAAUGAUCAAUUGAAAGCUCUUGAGGAAGCCCUUAAGGAUGCUGAGAGAGAAAUACUUUUAGUAUCAGCGGAGAAGGAUAAAGUAAUCCAAGAUCUUAAAGAUGCUUUGACUAAUUCCGGAAAGGAAAUUUGCACCAGAGAUUCAGCUCUCAGCACCUUGGAGCAGCAGAUUAAGAACUUGCAAUUGAAGUUGGACUCUGCUCUUUCUACGCAUCAGUCUGAGAAAGAAGCAUGGGAGAGAAGUCUCCAAAAUCUGGAAGAAACAUGGCGAUUGAGAUGUGAAGCACUGGAAAGACAAAGUAAAGAGUAUUCUGGUCAAAAUUUGCAAAAAGAAGUAGAAGAGCUGAAGUUACAAUGUAAAAUGUUGAAGGAAGAACAAAAGUCUUUUCGGGAUCUUGCUGAUAAAAUGAUGGAGGAAAAGGAUAAAGAGAUCUCUAGGCUUUUGGAUGAUAAUAAGAAUCUAAAUCAGUUGCUGGAUUCAAGGCCAUCUGUUGAAUACCGUGAUGAAAUUACAGCUCUUCAGAAGCAGGAAGCCCCAAGUUCUAGUGCUUCAGCUGCAGAGCAACAGAUCCUAAUUUUGGCAAGACAACAAGCUCAGAGGGAAGAGGAGCUUGCUCAAACGCAGCGGCAUAUUCUUGCACUUCAAGAGGAAAUUGAAGAGCUGGAGCAUGAAAAUCGCCUCCACAGGCAGCAGGAAGCCAAGCUGAAGGAAGAACUCCGGAACAUGGAAAGAACACAGAAGAGGGAAGGAGUGGAUCUGACGUAUCUUAAAAAUGUCAUUUUAAAGCUUCUAGAGACAGGUGAAGUGGAGAGACUGCUUCCAGUUAUUGCAAUGCUUCUUCAGUUCAGCCCUGAUGAGAUGCAGAAGUGUCAACAAGCCUAUCGCUCCUCAAACGAUGUUACACCUAGCCCUGCAAGUGAUUCUUCCGGAUCUGGGCUGUCUCUAUUUUCCAGAUUCUCAUUUUCAUAGCACCGACCCAUUGACAUUAAAUGAUGCAACAGGACUAAUUGUUAGGUGCGCAGUGGGAGAGAUGCAGCAGCCAUUAGUUUUGCUAUCGGCCAUGUAGCAUAAAAUGUUAAUUACUAUAGUGUAAAGAGAUCUCUACAAGAAAGAAAGUGAGAUACUUAAGAUAAAGAAGAAGAAAAAAAAAGAGUGGGAGAGUAAUAAGAUUGAUGCUUUGAAGAUAGUGUGUACAGACAAUUUUCUCAUCUAUUGUUCCCAAUUGAGUAGAAAGUAAACCAUGUGAUUUGGUUACAUUUGUGAACAUAGGUGUAAUCUUUCUUCUCCAGGAGAAGGGUAACUUCCUUUCCUUUCCUUUCA